GUAUUGGGCCGUUGUCUUCUUCCUGGAACCGAACCGUUUUCCGAUUAUUCUAGAGAGAGAGGGAGCUCUGCGUAGGAGUAUAGAUUUGCGAGCGGAGGAAGAUGACGGCACCGGCCAAGGCGAAGCACUCGCCGGAUUCCGGCAAAGAAGAAGGCGAACUCUCCUGCUCAGACGACGAUGGACAACCGAUUCCUUCUGUUGGAAAGCCAACCAGCACCAGUGCUCCUGUUACAGGGAACUCAUCAGUUCCUUUGGGAAAGAGACAAAUUCAAGGGCAUCGGACUGCUCGAGGGGGCAUGUUCCAGUUCCUGACAUCUUGUUUGAACUCGGAACUGCCGGUACCAUAUCUAGCUCUGCAGGUGCUGCACCAUUAUUAUAGCCGUGUCCAAGUUUCCAACUGGCUAGGGUUGGAGAUGAUUAAGAAGAGCGUGUCUGCAAGGGAUAAUGAGAAUCUGGUGAUUAGCUUUUCAGAUGAUGAUAGUGGUAGUGAAUUUGACAUUAAGGAACGGGCAAUAGCAGCAAAAGUUCAACCAAAGGUAGUUGGCAUGUCUGGGAGUGGAAACAGGCCUAUGCCAUCACUAGCAAAAUCGAAAGGGCCAAAUCAAAUUGAUAGAUGUAUAAACAAAGCAUUGGUACACAAUGUAUCAUCCUGUCACACAUUUAGUCAUGCAGCAAAUUCCAAAGCUGCCAACCCUCCAAUGGCAAAACCAUUGGAAUCCAGUAAAUAUGUUAGUGCCUCCGGAAAGAAACUAAGCAAAAAGGAGCACCUUUCUGUCCAGGUUGUGGGGCUUAAUAGUUAUAAACUUCAGGAUUUGAGGCAGCAGAUUGCACGUCGAGAAAGUGAGCUGAAGCUUAAGGCUGCUCAGCCAAAUAAGGAUGCUGUCAACCAAAACAUUGAUUCUGCAAGAAGAUUAACUGUGGUUUCUGCUGAUGUUAAGCAGCUAGAACCAAAAGAACCUGCCAAGAAACGUUUAAAAGUUACUGGUACUGACUCAACUCAACCUGUCUUGAAUGACAGAGUGCCAGUAUCUGCUGCAAUACCCUUGGAAGAGCCAUGUGUAAAAACCAGCCGACUGCCAGGUUCAGGUGCCAAUACUAGUUGCAAACAAAUCAGUGGGAGCUGUGAUCGGACUGGUGCUCGCGCAAUUUCUCACUGUAUUGUUGAAGGAAAUACAAGCUCAAAUACCUUGCCCAAAAGCACAAAGGAAGCAAAUUAUAGUGGAGUCAGAUUUGGUCAGCCGAAUUUUCCUGUUCAGACGACCACAAGAAAACCGGGUACAAUCGAUUAUGAUGGAGCUGUGUCAAGUGAUCACCUGCUUCAGAUAUUAAAUGGAAAAGACCAGCCGUGCAUGGACAACUCGGGUCUUUGGAACCUUUUGGGAAGCACAAGUGUUCCUGGACAAAGUCAACUAGACAUCAUAGCUUUGACAAACAUGGAGGAAUCUCUAGACAAAGAGCUGGAGGAAGCACAAGAAUACAGACGUAUGUGUGAAACUGAAGAACGAAAUGCUCUUAAAGCUUAUAGAAAGGCCCAGAGAUCCUUGAUUGAAGCUAACACUAGAUGUGCAGAACUUUAUCGCAAAAGAGAAAUGUGUUCUGCUCACAUUGGAUCUUUUGUCGUGCAUAACUCCAGUCUAAUGUGGUCUUCUAGGUGCCAUGAGCGCACAGAAACAAGGUUUGGCUUGUUGAACAAUAGUACUGAAAACGUUGACAUGGGAACCACAUCGGACCACCCCCUACAUAUUCAGCAACAGUGCAGCCGGGAUGUUGACAAUGUAAAUGGCGGCCAGGGUGUGCCUAGUCCACAUAGUGGACAGAAUUUGGGUUCGGAACCUUGCAGUGAUCCAGAUGCUAGCACAUCAGAUAGAUUGCCUUACAGUCACAAACAAACCAUAAACAGGCUACGCUCCCCGUCCAGUGAUGCAAAUAUUUCACCAGAUGAUGAUGGGUCAUUUCUUGUAGACCGCGAAUCUAGUCAGCACAACCUUGAAGGCCGACAAGAGGAAAAUCACGAGGACCCGCAAGAUAUAUACAAUGUUGGUGGCAAUCAAAAUCCUUUGCUUCUCGAAGCGUCAUUGAGGUCUAAAUUAUUUGAGCGUCUAGGUAUAAGAGCAGAAUCAAAAGGAGGUGGAGGUUGUUCGAAUGGAGAGACUAUGAUAGACAGAGAAGCAGAAAGCGAUGCUGCAAGUGAGAAAGCCCAGAUCGAUGGCAAUGUCCUCUUUCCAGGAAAGUAUCGUCAAAAUGAUUUUGGAGGUACUGACAGAGUGGAAGAAAAUGCCUGUAACGCAUCAGUUGAUCCGUCCCCAGACAAGGAAAAUUCAUCGAUCUUUCAAUCAACUAUGGAUUUGCAAUCUGAUAGGCCUUCUCCUAGGGGUGACUUACCCUCGACAUCUGCUGUGUUGCCCACUCCUUUAUUUCUAAGUGCAUUUAACCAUUUGAUGGUCACAGAAUCCUCACUUACAUUGCUGGAACCAGAACAUACAUUGAAAAACAAGUCAAAUAGCCUCUACCCUAAUGAAAUGCUGAGUAACAGCUUUGUGGAAACCCCAUUAUCUGAGAGAAAAAUUGGUUUCUACAUCUCUGAUGUGAAAGUAGAUCCUUCCUGGCCUCUCUGCAUGUACGAGUUACGAGGAAGGUGCAACAAUGAUGAAUGUUCUUGGCAACAUUUCAAAGACUUCUCUCAUGACAACAGACAUCAGAAUCAGCACGACAAUACUGGUUUUCAACACGGGUCAACCUUUCAUCGGAAGAAACAUAUUCUUGCGAGAGGAUCCCAAAUAGCUGAUAUGAUGCUCUCACCAACAUAUCUUGUCUGCUUGGAUGUGAUGAAAGCUGAUGCACGUUCUUACGAGUCUGUUAUAGCACAAAGACAUGGGCAAAGUUGGUGGAAGUGCUUUAGUAUUUACCUAGCCUCAUCGGAGUCACUGCAUAAGGAUAUUCCAGAUGAAAAUGAAGGUCGUAUUGAGGUCCUUGGGAAUUUGAGAACGCAAUCAUCAUACUUCAGGAGUAAACAUAGCUUGAUGAAUCAACUUAAACAAGGUUCAAAUGCUGCCAUUGAACCCUUGGAAAUGGCCCUUCUUACUUUCUGUCAGGAAACUGACGAACCAGAUGGCUUGAUCCUGGCACUUUCUUUGCUUUCACGAUGUCUUGAAGCUGAUCCGACAUCUGAGAUUCUUUGGAUUGUUUAUCUGCUGAUUUACCAUGCCCAUGAAAGAUCAGAUGGGAAAGAUGACAUGUUCACUUGGGCGGUCAAACACAAUAGGCGAUCAUAUGCACUUUGGCUUAUGUACAUCAACAGUCGGAGACAACUUAAUGAUCAAUUAAUUGCAUAUGAUAAUGCCCUCUCGGCCCUUUGCGGUCAUGCAUCUGCGUCUGAUAUCGAUAGGAAAUAUGCCAGUGCUUGCAUAUUAGAUACUUUCUUGCAGAUGAUCAACCUCUUGUGUGUCUCUGGGAAUGUUACAGAGGCAAUCCAGAGUUUCAGCAGGCUUCUUGAUCCAGUGGCGGUUUCUGAUCACCCUCAAUUUUUGAUGCUGUCUGGUAUUCUCACAUGCUUAACAUUUUCUGACAAAUGUGUGUUCUGGGUUUGUUGUGUGUACUUAGUCAUUUACAGGAAGCUGCCUGAUUCUAUCGUCCGAGGUCUUGAAACAGAGAAGGAACUGCUUUCAGUAGAGUGGCCCUCUGUUGAUUUGGUAGGUGAUCAGAAGCUGAUGGCUCUCCGUUUCUUUGAGAAAGGACUGCAAUCUGUAGAACUUUGUACCCGUAGUGGCCCAUUUGAAGAUGGAAUCGAAGAGCGAUCAGCCCAUCUGUUCGCUCUGAACCACAGCCUCUUUAUGAUGGCAAUUCAUGAGUUGGAAAAGUGUAGGGACCUUUUGAAAAGGUACACUGAACUCUUCCCAGCUUGCUUGGAGCUCAAAUUGUUUGCAGCUAGGAUGCACCCGAGCGAUUCAGAGGAUAUGUUUUUUUCUGGGUUUGAGGAACUUAUAAAGAACCCUCCCGGAGAAGGAUCUGGCACACAAUAUAUCUGGAAUCAGUAUGCUGAAUAUGCUUUACGGGGAGGAAGACGUGAAUUUGCAAGAGAACUCAUGGCCCGUUGGUACACCUCAGUAUGGGAAGUAUCAUCUCGUAGAAACCAAACGGUGGCUGUUGAAGAUGUUGGUCUGAAUAGUCUACUAAAUUCCGCUUUGUCAGAUACAAAUGCAGCAGAUGAGCGGCUUGACGUGGUGUUUGGAUAUUUGAAUCUCUCUCUUCAUAAUCAAUUGCAGAAUAACCACGUUGAGUCUUGCUUGGCCAUCGAUGAAGCACUUGAGGCCACAACACCUGAGCAUUUUGUGCACUGCCUGAGAGAACAUGCUUCGAUUCAGCUAAUCAACGAGAUACGGGCAACAGGUGGUUUUCCUAUUAGCCUACAGUUGAGAUUAUUGAAAUACUACACGAAUCAAGCAAGUAGUUUGUUUCCUGCAAAGGAGCCAUUAUCGUGGAAAUUCAUCAUUGGAGCGGAGAAACCAAGAGUCAGGAAGCUAGUAAGUAACCUUCUGACCCCUGCCUCAUCCGAAUUUGUUGUGGUAAAUGUGGUUCUUGAAGCGUGGUAUGGCCCGUCUCUCUUACCCCGGAAGCCGAGCAAGCAUAAGGACCUGGUGGAUUUCGUGGAAGCCGUCUUAGAGUUAGUUCCAUCGAACUACCCGUUGGCAUUGUCCGUAUGUAAGGUGUUAAGAAACGAGAGGAACGAUUCUUCGGACAUUUAUCCUGCAGGUAUCCACUUCUGGGCAGGUUUGAACUUGGUAAGUACAAUAUCUGGAGCUGUCCCCAUACCUCCGGAGCACAUGUGGGUGGAGGCUGGGGAGAUAUUGAGCGGAAUCACGGGUUUCAAGACCAGAGCCGAGAACUUCCUGACGAGAGGUCUGUCGGUAUAUCCAUUCUCUGUCGAGCUGUGGAAAUGUUACCGUCGUCUGUCCAAAAGCAUAGGGAACACAGAAGAGGUCGAGGAAAAAGCCAGAGGAAAAGGCAUGAAGCUAGUAGAUUGAUUUUUGGUGCUCCCCGAAAGCAUAGCAUUCAAAGAAAAUGGUGUAUCUUUUUUGUUACAUUUCUCAGAAUCAAAUCUUGUCUGAUCGUCUGCUGUUUUACGGCGAGGUUUACUCUCCGAUCACGUUUUCUUCACCGA